AUACUAAGUAGUAUGUUCAUCUUCUUAACAAGUCACCACUCACCACCCACUCUCUCCUUGUACAUCUAAAAUAAUUGUUUUUGUUCUUGGUUGGGUGAAUUAUGUAUAUUAACCUUUGCCGUCAUCGUCGUUACUAUCAUCAUUUUCCUUUACCGGAAAUGAUUACCGGAACUAAUAAUGGCAAUGGGGUGCCGGAAAUCGACGGCGGCGGCAACUGUUCAAGGUUCAUCCCAAGAGGACACUGGAAACCCGAUGAAGACGCCAAGCUCAAAGAGCUCGUAGCUCUCCACGGCGCACAUAACUGGAAUUUCAUCGCUCACAAUCUUCCAGGAAGAUCAGGGAAGAGUUGUAGAUUGAGGUGGUAUAACCAGCUGGAUCCGAAGCUAAACCGGAGCACGUUCACGGCGGAGGAGGAGGAGCGGCUGGUGGAGGCGCAGAAAAUGUACGGCAACAAAUGGGCGACGAUCGCCCGCCUGUACUUCCCCUGCCGGACGGAUAACGCCGUGAAGAACCACUGGCACGUCCUCCUCGCCAGAAAUGAGCGGUGGUGGCGGCAGCAGCAAAUCGGCCCGGUUUCCGCCGCUAGUUUUACUAGUACCUGCGGCGGUUACAAGAGAAUGAAGCUAACGAACGUCAUUAAUAAUCCUAGUACAAGCAGUUUCAAUGCCGCCGCCGCCACAGAAUCCACCGUCGAUUCUAAGUCCACUUGCAGUCACCUCUCCCUUUCCGCCGCUUCAUUUGGCCGUAAUCCAAUGCCGCCGGACUUUCAAACCCCCGGCGCCGUUACAGGAUCAUUAUCAUCAUCCGGGGUGGAAGAAGGAAAGGAUAGGCAAUGCAACUCUCCACGUCCAAUUUUAAGCACACCCAUUACCGAUAUAGGAUUAAGUAUCACAGGGUCAUCGUCAUCUAGGACGGAAGAGGGAAAGGGUAGGCAAUGCUACUCUCCACUUCCCAUUUUAACCACACCCUUUGCAACCAAGAUAGGAUUAAGUAUCACUACUAAAGGGUCGUCGUCCUCGUCAAAAGUUAGGAGGGGUGGUCAAUCAGAGUCAUCAAACUCAGAGGUGAGUGGUGCAUCUGAGUCAGUGGCCAACCUCAAGAGCACCAAUCAGACAACAGAUCAGAGCAAUCAGUUGAAAAAAAUUGCUUUCUAUGAUUUUCUGGGAAUGGGAGCCACUUGAUUGAGAGUCAUAUGCCACACAAGUCUAGUUGUUGGUUGAAAAUUAAGAAGAGACAGAAACUUGAACAUCAUACUGCAGUCAAAAUUGGACUGUUCUUUC